AUGUUGGAAACUGCUAAUUUUCAAUCUGAUAGUGAUGAUGAAGUUCCGGUCCACAGAAAAAGAACAUCUAAUCAGACGGCUAAUCUGAUUGAUAUUCAACUAGACGACCUGACUAUAAGUCAGCAGGCUGCCGACAGUCCGGAUGUCGCGGAGUCAGCUUACCUGUCGUCUGAUCGUUUGGGAACAAAUUUCAAAUGGAACAAAAAUCAUCCACCUGAACAAAUAAUAGUUAGUCAAAUUGAAGACGACAACUUCAUCAAUCAAGCGAAGUACACCAGGUAUCUGCUGAAGAAGUUUGGCAUGGAGAUCCGCUCAGCUGCCUCAACACCCAUGAACUCAUCUAGAAAGCAGGAUAAGGAUGAGGAUGGCCAGUCUAUCGACAUCACUGCCUAUAGAGGAAUCAUUAUAUCUUUGCUAUAUCUAACAACCAGCCGGCUAGACAUCUUGUUUGAUGUCGGCAUCUGUUGA